UAAAAGAGCGUUAGGUGUGGGCAGGUGUAGGAGUGUCGCGUGAUGCCUAUAUGUGGUUUCUUAUGCGUUAGGUGUAUCAGGUGUAUCAUCCAGAGCUGUCUAUAGGACCGUGAUUUCAACUGCUCGAGCUGCGUGGUGUGAAGGAGAGUAGGAUGCAGGCCAUUAAGUGCGUUGUCGUAGGGGACGGAGCCGUAGGUAAAACAUGCCUCCUCAUAAGCUACACUACCAACGCCUUUCCUGGAGAAUAUAUUCCAACUGUGUUCGACAAUUACUCAGCAAAUGUAAUGGUCGAUGGGAAACCAAUCAAUCUCGGUUUAUGGGACACGGCUGGUCAGGAAGAUUACGACAGACUGAGACCCUUGUCUUACCCACAAACAGAUGUGUUCUUGAUCUGUUUCUCGUUGGUUAACCCGGCCAGUUUCGAAAACGUUCGUGCCAAGUGGUAUCCAGAGGUGCGUCAUCACUGUCCAGCUACUCCGAUCAUUUUAGUAGGAACGAAGUUGGAUUUACGCGAAGACAAGGAGACAAUUGAGAAAUUAAAAGACAAAAAGCUUGCACCAAUUACAUAUCCCCAGGGUUUGACAAUGGCAAAAGAGAUCGGUGCAGUGAAAUAUUUAGAAUGUUCAGCGCUGACACAGAAAGGAUUGAAAACAGUAUUCGACGAAGCGAUUCGUGCAGUAUUAUGCCCUGUUCUGCAAGUAAAACCAAAACGCAGAUGUUUCCUUCUAUAAUAUUAAAUGUCCGAUGACGGUGGAGCAUGUGUAAAUGUAUGACCCCUCCUCCGAUCGGACUCGAUUACAGCAGGACAUUUAACUCUGAUUGAAAAAAAAGAAGAAACCGCUGUACGAUUCAUUUCUCUACCAGCAUCUGCCAUAAAAGCGCACAAAUCAAUUUGUAUAAUGCGUCUAAAAAGGUAAAAAGAAAAAAAUAUAUGUGUGUUUUGGACAUUAGCCAAAUGUUCCAAACAGAGAAAGGAAGCCAAAUGAAAAUCGAACUGAUAAUGUACAGUAUACUAGAGUGUGUUACUAAUAUUAGUUACUACAUAUGAAUCGUAAGGAAACAAACAUUGCUAUGUGUGUUUGUUCGCACACUGGAUACUAAUCAAUUUGAUCGUAGAGACGAACCAUUUCAUGCAAUUUCGCAUUGUAUAUUUUAGAAAAAUGUACAUUUUAGAGGAAUAUUAAUCCAUUUUUUAAAUCUUUGAUAUAGGAAAUAACAAAGUAAAAAUAUUAAUAAUUCUAACAAUUUCUUUAUGUUUUACUUGCGUCUCACUUUUCUAUGGCAAGCAUUUCUCUCUGAUAAGUUGAUCUUUCCCAAGCGACAAUUCUAUUUAGAGUCGAAUAGUGUUCUGAGAGACAUACAAACUGGUAGAAGGUGGUUUCUUACCAAAAAUAUUUUUCUGGGAAAUGAUAUUUCCAAGAGAAUGAAUUUUCCAAAAAUUCGUUAAGUACAUUUGCAUUUAAUUAAACUUUGGCUCUGUAUACUUUGAUAUAAACUGUACUCAUGUUUCUUGUGAUUCGCAAGGAAUUUUAUAUAUUCAUUUUUAAUCCAGCUGAUAAGUUAUUUAGGUGGUGGCAUAAAUGCUCUUAGAAUAUAUUUCUUUUUAUCUCUGAACCAAGGUCUGAGUGCUUGCAAACUGAAAGAUGGGUCAAAGUAGAAGUCUAUUUGAAACUUGAAUUAAAAUGAAGGCUUACAAAGGCUAAUGAAUUUUCUUAUUCAUCUUCCUUGAAAGCAAGGUCUGAUAAAAAAAAUAUUAUUUUCUGUGUUCAAUGAACUUUUCCAAGCAGAGUUACAACUGCUCCUUACUUUUUCAAGAAUACCAUCCACAAAUCAGAUGCAAAUUGCAUAAAAUGAAUUCCUCCGUGAACUGAAUUGGUUAAUAUUGCUAUGAGUGUUUGUGUGCGCAUACACCACAUCAUGAUAUAACGUAGAUAGUCACCUAAGUUUUAGAGAUGAGCAAUACAAGUGUGAUUCGAGUUCUCUGCCUCUUCGUUGCAUCUUUCUAUUGCAACGAUUUUGCUGUAAUUGAUACGCACAACAUGGCCCUGAAAAGAUAAAACAUGAAAAGGAAAAUUUAAUAUCAGAGGUGGGGAAGAAAAUUAGUAUGCGUGGGUGAAUGAUGUUUGAAAGAGUGCAUAUAAAAGCCAUGAGAGAAAGACAGAUAAAGAAAUUAUUCUAUAGCAAGUAAUUGUACAUAAAUGGUAAAAGUUCAAACUGUAUUCCUAUUACUAUCAUUUUACAUGUAUAAGCUGCUGAAUCUAAAUCGAACGUUAUUUGUUUUCUAUAUAUAUAUUAUAAAUAUAUAUAAAGUGGGGCUGGA